UUAAAUCUGUAAGGAAAGUAACAUUCCCACCACCUUUAUUUCUAUUAAAAAGAACCCGGCCUUCAUUUUGCUUGCUACCCCAUCAACCACCUUUGACUAGCUAUUCUUGGCGUCACAACUUUCACCACCAUCAUCUCUCUUUGUUUUCCACCAUGCAAGCUAGCGCCGGCUUAGUCGCUGGUUCCCACAACCGCAAUGAACUCGUCGUCAUCCAUGGCCAUGAAGAGCACAAGCCUAUCAAGGAUAUGACCGGUCAAGUUUGUGAAAUAUGUGGUGAUGAGAUCAGCCUUACAGUAGAUGGUGAUUUAUUUGUAGCAUGUAACGAAUGUGGGUUUCCAGUCUGCAGGCCAUGUUAUGAGUAUGAAAGAAGAGAAGGCAGCCAGAACUGCCCCCAGUGCAAAACCAGAUACAAACGUCUCAAAGGCAGUCCAAGGGUUGAGGGAGAUGAUGAUGAGGAAGAUGUGGAUGACAUUGAGUAUGAGUUUAACAUUGAUGAUGAACAACACAAGAACAAGGACAUUGCAGAAGCAAUGCUUCAUGGAAAGAUGAGUUAUGGACGAGGACAUGAAGAUGAUGACAAUGCCCAAUACCCGCAAGUUAUUGCAGGGCGAUCUAGAAAUGUGAGUGGUGAGUUUCCAAUAUCAAGCCAACCGCAUGUGGAGCAUUUAUCAUCACUUCAUAAACGAGUGCAUCCUUAUGCAUCACCUGAUUAUGGAAGUGCAAGAUGGGAUGAAAAGAAAGAUGGAGGGUGGAAAGAAAGAAUGGAUGACUGGAAAAUGCAGCAGGGGAAUCUUGGAGCUGAAAUUGAUGAUGCCGCCGAUCCUGACAUGGCCAUGUUAGAUGAAGCAAGACAGCCACUUUCAAGAAAAGUACCUAUUGCAUCCAGCAAGAUUAAUCCCUACCGAAUGGUGAUUGUGGCUCGGCUUUUUAUCUUGGCUAUCUUUCUUCGGUAUAGAAUCUUGAACCCUGUGCAUGAUGCAUUCGGGUUAUGGUUGACUUCGGUUAUCUGUGAAAUCUGGUUUGCAUUCUCAUGGAUCCUGGAUCAGUUUCCCAAAUGGUUCCCAAUUGAUCGUGAAACUUACCUUGAUCGCCUUUCUCUGAGGUAUGAGAGGGAAGGUGAACCAAACAUGUUGUGCCCGGUUGAUAUAUUUGUGAGUACAGUGGAUCCCUUGAAAGAACCUCCGCUUGUAACAGCUAACACAGUUCUAUCAAUUCUAGCUAUGGACUACCCUGUCGAUAAAAUAUCGUGUUACAUAUCUGAUGAUGGAGCUUCAAUGCUAUCUUUUGAGUCCCUAUCAGAAACUGCAGAAUUUGCACGAAAAUGGGUUCCAUUUUGUAAGAAAUUUAACAUAGAGCCACGAGCACCAGAGAUGUACUUCUCUGACAAAAUCGAUUACUUGAAGGAUAAAGUUCAACCCACAUUUGUCAAAGAACGUCGAGCUAUGAAGAGAGAAUAUGAAGAAUUUAAGGUUCGUGUCAAUGCACUUGUAGCAAAAGCUUUGAAAGCACCUGCAGAGGGAUGGAUCAUGCAAGAUGGCACACCAUGGCCCGGGAAUAACACAAAAGAUCACCCGGGAAUGAUUCAAGUGUUUCUUGGUCAAAGUGGUGGAACUGAUGUCGAAGGAAAUGAGCUUCCUCGUCUUGUAUAUGUUUCCCGUGAGAAGAGGCCUGGUUUUCAGCAUCACAAAAAAGCUGGUGCUAUGAAUGCCCUGGUCCGAGUCUCUGCAGUUCUAACAAAUGCUCCGUUUAUGCUGAACUUGGAUUGUGAUCAUUACCUAAACAACAGCAAAGCUGCACGUGAGGCAAUGUGCUUCUUAAUGGAUCCACAAAUAGGAAGAAAGGUCUGUUAUGUUCAGUUUCCACAAAGGUUUGAUGGAAUAGACAGAAAUGAUAGAUAUGCCAACAGGAACACAGUCUUCUUUGAUAUUAACAUGAAAGGUUUAGAUGGAAUUCAAGGCCCGGUAUAUGUGGGAACAGGAUGUGUUUUCAGAAGACAAGCAUUGUAUGGAUAUGAACCACCAAAAGGUCCCAAAAGACCAAAGAUGGUAAGCUGUGACUGCUGCCCUUGUUUUGGGCGCCGCAAAAAGAAUCCAAAGUAUGAAAAACAUGGAACAGGUGCUGAUAUAGAAAAUGUCCAAGGAUUUGAUGGUGAUGAUAAGGAACUUCUGAAGUCUCAAAUGAACUUUGAAAAGAAGUUUGGACAGUCAGCUAUUUUUGUCACUUCCACUUUGAUGGUUGAUGGUGGAGUUCCGCCAUCCUCAAGCCCCGCAAUACUUCUGAAAGAAGCCAUUCACGUCAUCAGUUGUGGGUAUGAAGACAAAACUGAAUGGGGUCUUGAGUUGGGAUGGAUUUACGGGUCUAUCACAGAGGAUAUUCUAACAGGUUUCAAGAUGCAUUGCCGUGGUUGGAGGUCAAUAUAUUGUAUGCCAAAAAGACCUGCAUUUAAAGGGUCAGCUCCUAUUAAUCUAUCAGAUCGUCUUAACCAAGUUCUGCGUUGGGCUCUUGGUUCUGUCGAGAUUUUUUUCAGUAGACACAGCCCUCUUUUGUAUGGUUACAAAGGAGGCAAUCUCAAAUGGCUUGAGAGAUUCGCAUAUGUAAACACAACAGUUUAUCCAUUCACUUCUAUCCCACUUCUUGCUUAUUGUACCCUCCCUGCCAUAUGCUUGCUCACCGGAAAGUUUAUUAUGCCAGAGAUAAGCACAUUGGCAAGUCUCUUCUUCAUUUCACUCUUUCUCUCAAUCUUCAUAACUGGCAUUCUCGAGCUGCGAUGGAGUGGAGUCAGCAUUGAGGAAUGGUGGAGAAACGAGCAAUUUUGGGUCAUAGGUGGUGUAUCAGCUCAUCUCUUUGCAGUUAUACAAGGUCUACUAAAAGUUUUAGCAGGAAUCGAUACCAACUUCACAGUCACAUCCAAAGCAUCAGAUGAUGAAGAGUUCGGGGAACUAUACGCUAUUAAAUGGACAACACUUCUUAUCCCUCCAACUACUAUCCUGAUCAUUAACAUGGUUGGAGUCGUGGCAGGAAUCUCUGAUGCCAUAAACAACGGUUACCAAUCAUGGGGGCCUCUCUUCGGGAAGCUGUUUUUUGCAUUCUGGGUGAUUGUUCAUCUAUACCCGUUCCUCAAAGGUCUUAUGGGAAAGGCAAACAGGACACCAACAAUUGUGGUUAUAUGGUCCAUACUUCUUGCUUCUAUCUUCUCGUUGCUUUGGGUCAGAAUCGACCCAUUCGUGUUGAAAACUAAAGGACCUGAUGUCAAACAAUGUGGACUCAACUGCUGAAAAACUUCCUUCAAUUCCAUUUUCUCAUGGUUGUUUUGAAUCCAGAGUGAAAAGUUUUGUAUAAAUGAUGAAUUGUACUCAUUUUUCUAUAUCAGUGAAAGAAAGCUUAUACUAAA